AUGUCGCUGCGAGACGUCGAAAGCAAGUCGGUCAAGCAUACGGUCACUACUCCUUCAGAAAGCGAAGAUGGUGAUCAACCUCCCCGGCGUUUGCCUCUCGGCAAGAGAAUCCUAGGCACUGUCUGGGACUCGCUGGACAAGUCCCCGGAAGAGAGGAAGUUGAUUGCGAAGCUCGACUGGUGGAUCCUUUCCUACGUGUGUGUCGCGUAUUUUAUCAAAUAUCUUGACCAAACCAAUGUCUCAAAUGCAUAUGUCUCUGGCAUGAAGGAAGAUCUCAACCUACACGGAAAUGACUUGAACUAUCUUACCACUUACUGGACCAUUGGAUAUAUCAUCGGGAAUCUUCCCUCUCAAAUCAUUCUGACCAAAGUCCGCCCGAGCAUUUGGCUGCCCACCCUGGAAAUCAUCUGGAGCAUUCUGGUCAUUGGCAUGUCCGGCGCUAAAAAUGUCACUACAAUCUAUACGUUGCGGUUUUUUACCGGAUUGCUCGAGGCAUCUGCUUAUCCGGGAAUCAUGUCACUUCUCGGAUCAUGGUAUACGCCUGCAGAGCUCGGCAAACGCAGCUGUAUUUUCCAAGCUUCUUCUAGUGCUGCGCAGAUGUUCUCCGGCUACCUUCAAGCAGCCCUCUACAAGGGCAUGAAUGGCCGUAAUGGAUUGUCAGCGUGGCAGUGGCUUUUCAUUUUCGAUGGCAUCAUCGGAAUUCCCAUCGCUCUGUACGGGUAUUGGGCUGUGCCAGACUCGCCAUCCAACACGCGCAGCCGAUGGCUCACGCCAGAAGAAAGGGAGCUUUCCAUAGAAAGAAUGAAAACCGCUGGACGUGCCCCUCCCGGGAAACUGACAGCUCGCACAUUCCUCGACGUCGGGCGUACCUGGGCGGCAUGGUUAUUCUCUCUAUUGUUCAUUGCACACGUCUGCGGCAUCCGCAUCUACUCGUAUUUCAACGUAUGGCUGAAAUCAACACACCGAUGGAGCGUGGAACAAGUCAACCUUAUCCCCACAGCUGGCUAUGGAGCUCAGAUAGUAUUCACACUGUCCUAUGCGUGGGUAAGUGAUGCGUUGCAAAUGCGAUGGCCCGUGGUCAUUUUCGCGGCAACCAUCGCACUUAUUGGAACUAUCAUUCUUUCUGUGUGGCCAGCAGAGAAUAUCCCCGCCAUGAUGACGGGAUGGAUCCUUACUUUCCUGGAAACUGGAGCCGGCGCUUUGAUUAUUGCCUGGAUCAAUGAAAUCUGCGCUUACUCGACAGAGCACCGCAUCCUCAUCAUCGGCUUGGUAGAGACAAUGUCUUUCACCUUCAAUGCAUGGGUGCCUCUUUUGGCAUACAACACGUCGCAGUCCCCUCAUUUCACUGUUGGAUACAAGCUGGCUGCUAUGUUUUUUGCCCUGGAGAUUGUUUUGACCUUGGUGAUCGCCUAUGUUGCAAAGCGAUGGAACUUGAAGGAGCAAUAUCUCAAACGGGAGGCCUCUAGGCGAGCACAGGGGGAACAACGGGAAUCUUCCAAUGGUAUAUAUGAUACCUAUCCCUGA